UUUUUUUGUGCUGGAGCGCAUGCGCAAAGUGGCGCUUCAGCACACACUACCUCGCCGCCACAGCUAGAGGGAAAAUAAACUGCGUGGGCACCCGGGGUAUUAACUACAAGGCAAUACGGAUUAAUAACAACAUUAAACAUUACACCAGCGGGGGACGCGCGGGUGGAAAACAGGUUUUUAAUGUGCGCAAAAUGAGCAAGAAUCCACCAAACCGAAGAGGAAUCAUCUUUGAGGUGGGAGCUCAUCUGGAGGCCCGGGACACUCUCAAGAACUGGUACGCAGCAAACAUUGAAAAGAUUGAUUAUGAGGAAGAGAAAGUGCUGAUUCACUACAGACAGUGGAGUCAUCGCUAUGAUGAAUGGUUCGAGUGGAGCAGCCCAUAUCUCAGGCCAGUCGAGCGAAUCCAGCUGAGGAAGGAGGGAUUGCAGGAGGGUGAGGUCCAGGCUGAGUUUCGAGUGAACGAGAAGGUCCUUGCAAGCUGGACGGACUGUCGAUUUUACCCUGCCAAGGUCCUUUCAGUGAACAGAGAUCUCUCCUCCUACACUGUGAAGUUUUACGAUGGAGUUAUUCAGGCUGUUAAGGGUAUCCAUGUCAAACCUUACCGCAGUGAGAAAAGCGGGGGGAAAUCUAAGAUCGAAGACAAACAGAAAGAAAAAGUGUGUGAUAAAGAGAAAUCCGCAAUGGGACAUAAGGUGAGGGAAAAAUUGAUAGACAUCAAAGAACAGAACUCAACACCGAAGAGUAAAAAAUCUAAACGGAACGAGACAGAAAAUAAAAGAGAUGCUGCUAAAGAAGAAGACGACAGAAACGUGCCCGUGAAGGGAGAGGUCCGGGAGGAAUCUAAAAAACCAAAGCGGGGCUUCACAAGCGACAUGGUGAAAGAGGAGAGGAAAGUGUCGAGAGUAAAAACAGUUGACAAGAAGAAAACUGUUGAAACAAAGAAGAAAGAGGAAGAGAAGAACAUGGAAUCUGGUCAUGAAACAACGGAGAAGAAUGUAACAUCGGCUGAGCAAGAAACAAGAAGCAAAGAGUCGAAACAAGACAACGGACUUGCAGAGGAGAAGAGCCAGCAGCCUGAAGAAACACAGAUGGAGAACAAGGAUGCGGAAAAUAGUGAAACAGAAGCGGAGAAGCAGACAGAACCAGAAGAGAAAGUAUCAGAGACAGCGACGGAGACAGCAGAGGGGUCUGGCGAUGGAACCGGAGAUACAGGCAAGGAGGAGGACAGAGCAGAGACGUCGGAGCAAAAGGGACGAGCUGAAGAAACAAAGGAAAAUGAAGCUGCCGAUACAACCACAGAGUCUACAGAGGACAGAGAGCCAGCGGCAGAGCUUGGAGAUUCAGAACCAGCAGAGCAGAGCCCAGACCAGGCAGUGAAGAAACGGGGUAGACCCCCAUCAAGAGCUAAAUCACCUGAUAACCAGUAUGGCGUCUUGGAGUUGAGGAAAAGAAAAAUAUCUUUGGGAGCACAUGUGCCGUCAAAGAGAACUAAACUUGAUACAAAUGCAGAGACCAAAAAGUCCAGUCAGGUCGGCAGUAGUGAUCAAGACCGCAGCAGGAGAAAGUCGUCAAGACUGUCUAUUAACGAUCAUGGGCAACACUCCAUUAAAAGCACGCCUGUGCCCGUAGACUCCAAACACACGACACAGUCUGAUAGCAAGCAAAAGGAGUCUGCAACAGAUCAGGGUGAAUCAGCAGAGCUCAAAUCUGCUGUUGACUCCUCAGGACAGAGUCAGGAACCCUCAAAUGCUGUUCCAGAAUCCCCAGCUGCUCCGUCAAGUGAGAAACAAACACGGGAGGAAGGAGCAGCACCAAACGAGACUCCCACCACAGCUUUGAAAGCAGAGCCAGGCAAAUUGCACACUGAAACGGCUCCUGUUGUGAAACGUCAGCCCCAGCCACCAAACCCUAACAAAUAUAGCAGAGAGCCCUUGUACACAGCUAUAAAGCGAUCGCAGGACUCCCUGUCCCCUAAGGCACUCACUAUUGAUCUCGACCACACCUUCAAGUGCAAGGUACCAGACUGCCUCAAGUCUUUCCGCAAAGCCAAGCUACUGCACUACCACAUGAAGUACUACCACGGAGAGGACAAGGCAGCCGAGAGCGAGCAGAGCCCGACGAAGAGGAGCAUCCAGACCCGCGCCUCGGAGAAGCAGGCAGCCCUGGAGAACCCUAAGAGACGGCGCACCAUUUCAGCCUCCUUGCAUAUACCACUGCACUCUGCCCAUAGAAACUUGCCUUCCUCCCGCACAGACAGCAAGGUUGGAAAACUGCACGAGAGGAGGAGGACGUCUGCUCCCCCUGCUGUCAACACACUGCACAACCACCGGCCCUCCCUCCGAGAGAAGAGCAAAGAGAACCAGUUGGAGAAAUCCAACCGCAAGCAGCAGGAGAAGGAAAAGGACAAGGAUGCCAAUGACACAGUAAAAGAAAAAGAGAAGAUCAGAGAGAAGAAACACAGAGAGUUCCUGAGAGUCAAGCUAAAGAGAAAAAAAAAGAAAAAAAAGAAGUCCAAAUCUGAGUAUACUGGUAGUGAAGAAAAUAUUGACAUCUCUAGAGAUUUCUCACCCAAGAAAAUAUUCGUUCAAUCCAAAUUGAAUUUGUCUCACAAACCCCCCUUCUCGCACAAACACAAGUUGUUAUACAACUCCAGCCCAGGAUACACAGAAAAGAUAAAAGUGGAUGAUGAAGACACUGUGAGUGACUCUUCGACGGACAGCCUGCUCUGGAGCGAGGACGAGCUGGGUCAGGACGUCGACGUGACGAUGAACCUACAUGACGACGGGCCUAACGAGGGGCGGCGAGAGUUUGAGAUUGUCCGAUGUAUCUGCGAGGUCCAGGAGGAGAAUGACUUCAUGAUACAGUGUGAAGAGUGCUUGUGCUGGCAGCAUGGGGUCUGUAUGGGUCUGCUUGAGGACAAUGUUCCAGAGAAGUACACCUGCUAUAUAUGUCGAGAUCCGCCAGGACAGAGACAGAGUUUGAAAUACUGGUACGACAAAGACUGGCUCAGUAAUGGACACAUGUAUGGCUUAUCCUUCCUGGAAGAGAACUACUCUCACCAAAAUGCCAAGAAGAUCGCAGCCACACACCAGCUCCUGGGCGACGUCCACAGAGUCAUUGAAGUUCUGAAUGGCUUGCAACUCAAGAUGAGCAUCUUGCAAAGCAAGGCUCAUCCAGACUUGAAGUUCAGGUGUCCGUCGUGGAAGCAGGUGGACUCCAAAGAGAAGCCCAGGAAGAGGCAGGCGACCGUGGCAGGGCUGGAGGAAGGAGAGGACAGGGAGAUCAGUUCCCCUGAGAAGCCCUGUCCCAUCCCCUGCAUUCAGGAGUCCUACAUCACCAGCGAGCACUGCUACCAGAAGCCACACACCUACUACCCUGCAGUGGAGCAGAGGCUGGUGGUGGAGACUCGGAGCUCUGAGCUGGAAGAGCGCAUGAGGGGGGUCAGGGAGAAUGGGGAGGACCUGCUGGCACUGGAGCAGCGCUACGGGAGGAGCCCCGAUCAAGACAGAAGAAAAGCAGACUGGGAAUCUCGCCUGGAAAAUGAACAGGACCAGGUCUGGAAACUCAGUGGAGCUGAGGCUGAAGUUUCCAAGCGAAGCUGUUCUGGUGAAAGCUGCAAUGUGAAGGUGGCCAAGGAGGACAGGGAUGGCGAUAUGAACUUCCAGCAGCAAUGGCAGAUCAACUUGAUGGACCAUAUCGAGGCGGUUCAGGAUGAAGUCAUCCACAGAAUGGACUUCAUAGAGAGGGAGUUGGAUGUUCUGGAGAGCUGGCUGGAUUACACAGGGGAGCUGGAGCCUCCAGAGCCUCUUGCCAGACUACCCCAGCUGAAGCACCGGAUCAAGCAGCUGCUGACAGAGCUGGGGAAGGUGCAGCAGAUUGCCUUGUGCUGCUCUACAUGAGCGGCCCUUCCCGAGAGACGCCGAGCUGAUCCAACUCUGAAACAAACCUAUAAGGACUUUAAAAGAAAGCGAGCCAGGGGUGGGCGCAUCAGGGCUGAGCUGCUGGCGGCAGUACUCUGUUAGUCUCAUUAAAACACGUUCCCUCUUCCCACAAGUGUGGUGGUGAUGAAGACGGGAACUUUACUAGGUUUGAAUCCAUCCGAAUCUGCUUUAUUAAUGGCAAGCACAGUCCGGAGACUGUCGAAGAGGAAGGAGAAAGGAAAAUAUAAAGAAUAGUCUAAAGUGAGACAUUAUAAUUUGUUGUUAUAAACAGUUAAAUGGGGUUAAGCAUACCUCCUGUUCUGGAUAACCGACCAAUCUUACAUUAAUGUGUAGAGAUUUCGAAAUAUUUUAUUUCAAGGCUUGCAAGUACAUAUACAGUAAAUAGGUGAUGCUGAAAAAAAAAUUCAAAAAUAUAAUUUAGAAGGUUGAGUGCUUAUUUCAUCACCGGAGAUACAAGACUGAACUGGUUUUCUUUUAAAUUAUUAUUUUUUUUUUUUUUUUGGUAACCAAUUGAGUUCUAUAGUAAUCCUUUGCCAGACUUUUCAGUUAAAUGUGUUUAAAACAAAAAAAUAUAUAUAUAUACAUGUGUAUCAAGAACAAUCCUCAGCUCAGUUCUGAUACUGAGACUAGCUGACCUGUAGUAGUGAACUGUACCUUCAGUUUACAGAGUUAUUCAAAAGUUCUGCACGUGCCUAUUGAAAUGACCCUUUAACAUGCGAUACGUGCACAUUAGUGAUAAGAAUCAUUUCAGGUGGGAUGAUGUGCAGCCCAUGAUGGCAUCAGACAACGGUGUGGUAUGCUGCUGCCAUUUCUGUGCUCGCCUGUUUUCAAUGAGGAUUGUGAUGUUUCUCAUGGUGCCAGGCUUUUGAAUCGCUCUGCAGUAAAGUCGUGCAAUGCAAGCUUUGACACGUAGAGCCAGUAGACAAUGGGCCAGAUUUAUCAAGGUCUUUCCUCCCAAGUGCAAAUACUGUCAAGCCAUUUGAUUUUCAAACGUUUGCCCAAGACGUUGUGUUACAGCAUUGACAGUAAAAUUGAUUUUCCUUUCACAAAAAACGCUGCACUUUUAACACUUCAUACAUCCAGCCCAGUUUUAGUCUGUAGCCAAAAAGACAAAAAAAAAAGUUUAUAGUGUUCCUUAGGUUUUUUAAAAUUGAUUUUAUUGUACUUUUGUAAUUCGUUUUUUUGUUGUUGCUGUUGUUUGUAUUCUCUCUCUCGCUCUCGGUUUUUAGCACUUAAUGUAAUGUCUUGUAAGUCAUUUCUUUUCUGCAUUUAU